AUGGGUGACUUUAACGCCCACCACACUCAUUGGGAGCCGUCCCUCCUUGCGGCUCAACAGAACCGUUCGGGGCACUCCCUAGUGGAUUUCCUCACCGGCAGUGCCUCCUUCUCCCUCCUCACCCCUCCUGACCUUCCCACCCGCAUUGACCCCGCAUCAGGCAGGGCAUCCACCCUCGACCUUUGUCUGGCCGUAGGGGCCCUAGCAGACACCCUGGUGGAAGUGGGGUCCCAUUGCUUCACCUUCUGCUCCUCCCAGCCCCCGCGUCUUCUUCGAACUCCUUGGUGGAACCGACAGUGCGAGGCUGCGGUGAGGGCCAAGCGCGGGGCAUUCAAUGCCUGGCGUCGCAGGCCCAUCCCGGAGCUGCGCCGGAGGUUCCACCAAUUGGAGGCUCGCUCUGGGGAUGCCCAGAAAGUGGAACACCUAGCCCUCCAUUUCCAUACACGGCUGGGCUCCCCGGACCCAGUUCCUCCCCCUAUCCUACCCCCACCAACUCCCACCCACCCUAUCGCCAAGCCUUUCCUACCACAGGAACUCACCGCAGACAUAGCCGCACUGCCGAGGGGGCUCGACACCAUCAGCCAUUGGUGCACUCAGUGGGGCCUCACCCUCUGUGCACCAAAGUCAUGCCUCAUGUGCUUCACCCGUCGCCGCAUCCCUGCCAUCCCUCAAGCACACCUAACAGGCACAGUCAUCCCUUUCCGCACAACACACAGAUUCCUGGGUCUAGUGUUGGAUGACCCUCGCCUUACAUGGAGGCACCACAUAAGUGACCUCCGAAUCUCCUGUCUGCCCCGGCUGAACCUCAUGAGGGCCCUGGCGGGCGUCAAGUGGGGAGCCGACAGAGUCACACUCCUCCACUUCUACCGUGCCUACAUCCGUAGCAAAAUAGACUACGGAUGUGAGGUUUACGGCUCGGCUUCCCCGACGCUCCUUCUACAGCUGCAGGUGGUGCAGAACACCGCACUCAGGAUAGCCCUCGGUGCCUUCAGGUCGUCACCCACCCUGGCCCUGCAGGCAGAGGCGGGCAUUCCCUCACUAGACCACAGGCGCAACACCAAGACAGUCACCACCUUCCACAGAAUAACAUCCUCCCCUCACUCCUCCCUUCACACUGUCCUAUCCCAACACCGACCUGACCCACUUCCAGCCCCACAGGCCUUCCGAGCUCACACCCCAUUCAUCACUCGAGCCCUCUCUAUCUACACCUCCCUCUCCGUCACCCCUCCACCAUUCUCCCCCCUAGCACACCUCUCUCCCCUGGGUCCAUGGUUCCCCUUUCCCUCCUUCAUUUCCCUUGACCUUCAGUCGCCGUGGACCAAAGCAGACUGCCCACACCAGGGGAAGGCCCUCUUCCUGUCCCUCCUCUCCACAAAAUACAAAAACACCUUUUUCAUUUUCACCGAUGGCUCCCACAUCCCCUCCCCUCCUUCCACCAGUGCUGCCGUUUACCUCCCAGCCCUACACACCUCCACAAACUGGAAGCUCCAUCCCCACACCACCAUCCUAACAGCAGCAACAACACUUCCCCCACACCAACCUGUCUCCCUCUUUACAGACUCCCUCACUUCCCUUCAACUCAUCUCAACUCACAAACCUCACACACACCACACACUAUGCUUUGCCAUCCACUCCCUCCUGGCACAGCUGACCUCCGGGGGCAGACGGGUCCACCUUCAGUGGGUCCCUUCCCAUAGUGGCAUCGUGGGCAACACCGUAGCGGACCAAGCGGCCAACCUGGCACACUCACAUCCUCAGCCAAUACACAGACCACCAGACCACAGUGACGUACUGAUCCACCUCCAACAGUCCUCCAACAGACACUGGACCACCAGACUAACGGCUGACCUCAGACUUCGUCCCCUCGACACAGCCAUCACCCGCCUGAGGAUUGGUCACACCUGCCUCAACGCUCACCUGCACCGCUUGAACAUGGUCCAGGACCCACACUGCCCAUGGUGCCCCACACAACCCGACACACCAGAACACCUCCUCCACUGCCCAAGAUUCCACUCCCUCCGCACCAACCUCAAGGCAUCCCUAACCAGACUCCACAUUCACAGGCCAACCCUAGAGGACCUGCUGGGCAGCAACACCCUCAGCCCCAACACAGCCUUCCAAGCCCUCAAGUGUACGCAAACCUUCCUGCAGAAGUCGGGGCAACUCAACAGAAUCUAACCCCACCCUGGUGACAGAACGACAAACAAAAACCUGAUACCAACUACCACUGAAGGGGCUCUAGAGGCUGUGGCCCCACAGCCUAACUAGCCCCAUAAAACCACCCAAGAAG